AUGAUGACAAUUAAAAUCCUUGAUAAUAAAAACUUUUAAUCUUAAAGAGUUUCAAUAUAUUUUCUUAAUCUAAAUAAUUUAAUUAACAGAUUUUUGGCAAAAAAAAGGAGAGUUACAAAUACUAAACAUUAAAUUAAUUGUGGUAAAAUAUUGGUAAAAAGAUCAGCAUCUAUAUUAUAUUAUUAGAAUUUCUCACUUAAAUCAACUUAUUUUUCUUUUCUUGUUAUUAUAUUUACAAAAUCAUCAAUUUAAAAAAACUGUAAAUAAGAUUAUAUAGAUAGCAAUUCUUAUGCUUAGAAAUAUAUGUAGAGGUUUUCAGGAUAGUCAACAUUAAUAAAUCUUAAGAACGAUUGAUAUUACAAUAGAUUCAAGGUUUCAACAACAAAAGAACUUUCACCAGAAACUAAAGAUAUUACACAUAUUGUUAUGGCUCCAAUCAUAAAUGCUUUAUUGGAUUUUUAAGCUUAAAUCGAUACUUAUCUUAAUUCUUCAGACAUUAUUUUUGGUAUUUAUAGAGUAAUUGAUUAAUUUGGAUUAAAAAGUGUUUAAUUAUUUGAGUUAAUAAUUUCUUGAUUCAACUAAACUUAAAGAAUUGGUUUUGUUUAAAGCUGUUAAAAUAAUUCAAUUUAAACCUAAUACUAAGCAUGUUAAAGAUCAAAUGAGAUAUCCUAAAUCGAAUUGA